AUGUAUCUUCAUGAGGUUCACUUCAUCUGCGUUCUACUCUGGUCAUUCCACUCGAUUUCGGCAGAAUGGCCUCUAUUCUUUCCAGCUUCGUCGGUCUAUCAGGUUACCUCAUCAUUGUCUGUGCCAGUGGUCAUACCUGGACGUAAACUCUUUUGGGAUUGGGGUCUACAAAUGAACUAUGCCUUCCCAGCGAAACCUUCUGCAUUCUAUGCAGCCACCAUUUGGCCAGAUGAGUUCUCCCGCCGACAACGGCGUCAUCUGAUCAACGAGACAAGUAAAUAUACGCCGAGUAGUUCGAUUAGUUCAUCAACCAUGCAUCCCAGUGAUUUCACCGCAGGUGAAUUGUAUGAAAAUUUAGAGAAUAUGCUUACACGAUACGGUUUCGACGAGUCGUGUCUUUUGCGCAGUGUUUGCGAACUGGCGCGACAUCCAUUUCACAAUUCUGAGGAUAAUAUACUCACAGCUCUAUUGACCUUCACAUUGACCCCUUCUCUACAUGAGGCCUUUGCUCCUCAUGAGAAUUUAUAUCGGCAAGUCUACGAACAGGCUGAACAACAAGGAUUUUUGGACAAGGAUUGUGAGCACAUUUAUUCUGAAUGUCAAGUGGAUUUUUUAAGCGGCAUCAGCAAAUUUUUAAAUUGA